UUCACAGGAACAUCAAUAUUUUCCAUAAUACUGGAAAUUACAUUACAGUUAAGUUUAUUGGAACUUUCCUGGAAAAGAUAAAAAGAAUGAUGGUCCGUUACUGUAAUCGCAGUGCAUGACGAGCGCUUCAGAACUAUUCCACAGCAGGAGGCACCGAUUAGGACGAAAUGAUCUCGAUUCAUCUUUCCACUCUUCACCUUCUCCUGAUUUCCAUAACCACCGCUUUCACGACUCCGACGACGAUGAUUCUCUCCGUAUCCGCCGUCACUUCAACGUCCGCCGCAUCCGCCACCCGGAGCGUGCAUCGGAUAGAUUUGAUGCGAGGUUUCGUCGGUCUCUGUUUCAUGAUAACUUUGAUUCUGGAGAAAGUGUGAGAGGUACUCCGAGUGUGAAUGGCGGUAACAGAUUACCUGUAGGUGUGAGGCUUGCGCGAGAAAGACUCCUUCAGAGGUUGAGAGGAGAGCCUGUAGAUAGAAGCAGGCAAUAUGAUAGAGAUCCAAUCAAUGAGGAUCAAGAAAGUGAGUUAUCAAUUGAACUUCCAAGCGAGGACUCUUUAGUUACUGACUUGACUUCUCAAAUGGCAAGAUUCCAGCUCUUGCCAGAAACAUCCUCAAAGCCACCGGGACUCACUCAGGAGGCCCUGGACUGUUUGCAUCUUGAAGUUUUUAGCAGCAGCGGUAUGGAAUCCGAAUCCAGGAUACUGAUAGAUUGUGGGAUAUGCUUGGAAUCUUUCACUGAUGGAGAUAAACUAAUUCAUUUGCAAUGUGGACAUAAAUUUCACUCUGUUUGUUUGGAUCCUUGGAUACGCAGUUGUGGAGACUGCCCAUACUGUCGCCGAUGUAUAGUUGUAAGUUAGCGAUUUCCAAAGAAUGAAGCUGUGUAGUUGCUUAGAUUUUCUUUUGUUCUGUUACAAUAUGAAGGAUGCUGCAAUGGAGUUGGCAUUUUGUAGUAAUGUGGUGUUUUAUUUUAGAGAAUAAGGAACACUUUCUAACUGAUAACCAUCACUCUCAUGUGGGUCUCGUCAUUUUAUGUGAGAUCUGUUUUGGAAGUGUAAGACACAAAUAAACUUAUCUAGAAAUUACUAGUUUUUCUCACAUUCAACUGUGUUGACUUGAGUGAAUCAGAACCCGAGCUCAUACGUGCCUUUGCUCCCACGACGAAGAGAACCACUGGGAGAGGAUACAAAAUAUUAUGAAAGGGUCUGUUAUGUACCUAUGAUAGGAUAAAGUAUUUAUAAUAUGUUAAUAGUUUUUAUGAA